CAAAAUUAAAAUUAUUUCCGUUUGAUUUGUAGGUUAUAGUAAAUUUAGUUAAUCGAAUAUGUGAAUUAUUUUUACUUGAUAAGUCAACAACAGUUAUUUUUGAUACUUCAUAAUGGCUACAAAACAGUCAAAAGGUUCUGAAAAGAACGGUGUUGCCAAAAUUGGACAUUUAGAGUCUGUGUGGGUUAGAGCUUUCUCCUCUCAUUCAGAAUGGCCUGAUAAGGAGGAGUUUCUUGAUGUCAUCUACUGGAUCAGACAAGCCCUUGGUAUUGUGGUUGGGAUUUUCUGGGGUUUGAUACCAUUGAAGGGUUUCAUCGCUCUACUCCUCUUUAUGCUAGUCAAUGCUGGUGUCAUAUACAUAUACUUUGCUAACUUCCAAAGUGUUGAUGAAGAGGACUUUGGCGGGGCGUGGGAGCUGACGAAGGAAGGUUUCAUGACAUCUUUUGCAGGCUUUUUGGUAACAUGGAUCAUCAUAUACUCAGGGCUACAUUUUGACUGACAUUGAACCCCUUCCUCCAUGCCAAAGGACCACUGUGUAGCAUUUAAAGGACUAUACAUUUUUUACAAAUGAUAAACCCUGUUGUACCUCUUUAUUUUUAUUUAUUUGUACCGAAUUUUAUAUAGCAAUAUUUAAUUUUAAUAGGUGUAUAUACUCGAUUUUGUUUUUUUUUUUGGAUUGUUUAUUGUGGAAAAAUCAAGUUGAAUGUUAUAUAUUUAAAUCAGUAUGUAAUAGCGUAGGAAAUUUUGUUGAGAUUAAAGUACCUUCUAAAAUGUU